AUGCACAAUUACAAGCCUUUGUCCCAUUUUCUCGUAGUCGAUUGUACAUAUGUACCAAAAGUCAUGGUCGAAUUGCCGACAGCUGGAUAUAAAAGUUGGUGUAAAUAUUUACCAAACGAUUAUUCAGUUAAUCAAUUUGACUUGACUUGGCUUGGCUUGGCUUUAGGCUUUAGGUUUUUAGAUUUUUGGGUUUGGUUUGGUUGGGAUGAUGGAUUUUUAAGAGUCGAGUACUUGUUAGUGAAUCUCAUUUAUGCCAAACAUAUAAUUAUCGUUAUAUUAAAGUCGACUAAUCAGCAGGGAUUUGUAGACCGAACAAAAUGA